AUGGAGUUCGUAUCAUCGGAGGUGGCGCUUCCUCUUCCUCUGGCGUCGGAGUCCCAGCAACCCUACGUCUCCGAACUCCUAUCCUUCACGCUCGAUCGCCUUCACAAGGAACCCGAACUGCUCCACGUCGAUGCCGACCGCAUUCGCCGUCAAAUGCAAGAGGUCGCCGUUGCCAAUUACCGAUCUUUCAUUGCGGCCGCCGACGCUUUAAUCGCCAUUCGCAACGAAGUCUCCUCUAUCGACAACCACCUCGAGUCGCUCAUAAAUGAGAUCCCAAAGCUGACAUCUGGAUGCACUGAAUUCAUAGAAUCUGCUGAGCAGAUUUUGGAGAAGAGGAAGAUGAACCAAACAAUGCUAGCUAAUCACAGUACUUUGCUUGACUUGCUAGAAAUUCCUCAACUCAUGGACACAUGUGUACGGAAUGGGAAUUAUGAUGAAGCCCUAGAUUUGGAAGCAUUUGUUGCCAAACUUUCAACCAUGCAUCCAAAAUUACCAGUGAUUCAAGCGUUGUCUGCAGACGUUAGGCUGACUACCCAAUCACUUCUUUCUCAGCUUUUACAGAAACUUCGCUCAAAUAUUCAGUUACCUGAAUGCCUUCGCAUUAUUGGAUACCUACGGCGAAUAGGAGUAUUUAGUGAGUAUGGAAUGCGUUUGCUGUUCUUAAGAUGCCGAGAGGCAUGGCUUACUGGUAUACUGGAGGAUCUGGACCAGUCAAAUCCGUACGAAUACUUAAAAGGGAUGAUCAACUGUCACAGAAUGCAUCUUUUUGAUGUUGUUAAUCAAUAUCGAGCAAUAUUUGCGGACGAUACAUCAGGAAGCGAGGAAAAUUAUGACGGUGGGCUUCUCUUUAGUUGGGCAAUGCACCAAAUUACCUCACAUCUACAAACACUGAAAGUUAUGCUUCCAAAGAUAACGGAAGGUGGAUCACUGUCAAAUAUUUUGGAUCAGUGCAUGUACUGUGCCAUGGGACUUGGUUGGGUUGGACUAGAUUUUCGAGGCUUGCUCCCAUCACUUUUUGAAGAAGCUGUUCUCAACUUAUUCUCCAAAAAUAUGAGUACCGCAGUGGAGAAUUUUCAGUUGGUCUUGGAUUCACAUCGAUGGGUUCCCCUGCCAGCAGUUGGCUUUUCUGCCAAUUCUGUUGGUGAUGAAAGUCACGAGGAUGUCACUCCACCCUCUAAUUUGAUGGAGCAUCCACCUCUAGCUGUUUUCAUUAAUGGUGUAUCUGCAGCAAUGAAUGAGCUACGUCCAUGUGCCCCAAUAAGUCUAAAACACUUACUUGCCCAAGAAUUGAUUAAGGGAUUACGGGCAGUUUCUGAUUCAUUGUUGCUGUACAAUACAACUCGGGUGCUAAGGGCUAACGAGUCAGCGCUUUUCCUCUCACUCUGCCGGUCAUUCAUUGAGGUCGCUUAUCCUCAUUGCGCAACUUGUUUUGGGCGUUGCUAUCCUGGUGGAGCAACUCUUGUUAUGGAUGCAAAGAAUGUUUAUGAUGGAAUCAGCCGCCUUUUAGAGACCUCCUCUGCACGAGAACUCCCAAAACCAGUGAACAAUGGAGAAAUCAAGAGCGUUGCUGAGAAUGGCGAACUGCCAAAAAUGGAAAAUGGAGAAACACCUGAUGCCAAAGAAUCUGAAGCCAUCAAUGGCGAAGAGGUGCACAAAGAAGGCCCUAAAGAAGGUCCUGAAGAAGGCCCUAAAGAAGGUCCUGAAGAAGGCCUUACUUCGCAGACAGAUCAAGAAGACAUUAAUCUUGAAAAACCGCUUGAAAAAUUACAUUAG